AUGCGUUGGGGCGCGUUUGCAUGCGGGAUGUCUGGGAGAUUGAGUUGUUUAAAAGGUAGAACUAUUCUAGCUUUCAGCACUUGCUCCGAUGCGACGACAUCACACACUCGGUGCUGGCGGUCGACGGAUGGGAUUCAAUUGACAAGAUCUUCGAGGCUUCGCAAGAACAGAGUGAGCCCUUACUUCAAAUGUCUCCUGUCAUACUGUAUUUUUCAGAAUGCUACUAUGUAUUGGUAAAUUGUGGAGCGACCCGAUCCCUCGGCCGCCUCAAAAUCCCUCCGGCGGCCACCGUCUACGUCAUCGACACACAUCGUCCGUAUCACAUUGAAAACGUGUACGACAACGAACAAAUCUACCUGCUGCUCAAGGAAACCGAGCGAAAAGAGCUGGAACUGCCCGAGGCCGAAUCUGUUUUCCGCGACGAUUUCGACGAUUCAGACGAGGACGACGAGGAUGAAGACGACGAAGAGCACGUCUCCUACGAGCAGCGAAUGGAGAAAAUCCGAAGGAAAGCGAUUCGAAGAGAGGAGAAGCAGUUGUGGGAGCGUCAGCGGAAGAACAUCCUCUGGAAAUACUACUCGUCCACGUGGUACAGCACUCCGAGCUGUGUGAUGAUGUUGGAGUUGGCUGCCGAAAUGAAUCGAAUAUCGGCCGAGAUGAUGUGGUUUACGACAGUCGGCCUGAACAGCGCCUACGUCGAUAGAUUAGUAAGAGAGAUUCUGAUUCUGAUUCGGAAAAAUGUUCUGUUUUCUAGAUCAGUAUCGAGCUGUACACGAACAUUUGCAUCGAACGAAUGCGUCCAUUCGUCAACAAAUUCCUGCCCAGAAACAUCGUAAAUCAGGGAAAAGUGGACGAUCUGUUGCACAUUUCGUUCGGCCGCGAACUGCCUCUCCUCCUCUACUCGCACUGGGAUCUGUUCAAUUCGAUGAUGUUCAACGAGUACUUUGCAAUCAAAACCAAGAAUUGGACGCAGAAAGGAGACGCCAACAUUCGGCACUUGCUCGCCAAUCUCGGAAUCACUCUGGCAGAGACUAAGCAAAAGUUCGAGGCGCUGCCGACGGAGCAGAGGAAUCUCGUGGUCGAUGUGCUCGAGAAGGAAAUGUCCAAGUCGUUCGCUUCCUUCUUCGGAACUUUGGGAUAUUCUGGGAAGCUCAGCGCCUACGACGUCGGCUACGCGGUGUCAGUUCGGUUAGAAAUUCCAAAGACAGAAGCGGUGAGUUUUUGGCUCUAAACCUUUUGCUCACUCUGGUUUUCCAGCUGAUGAGCCGCUUCAACGCCGGUCGCACGACCCUCCUUCAAUCGACGACCGGCUCUCGUCAGGAGCGUCUGAAUCUUUCGCAAACGUUUACCACAAUCUGCCAACGAACACUUCAAGUCGUAUGGAAGACGGUGGCCGCAGCCAUCAAUCAGUCCGAGAUCAUCCCAAACGGACCGUACUAUCUCUUCUCGUGCACCAGAUCUAUCGGUUUGCCCACGAACUCUCUGAACUUUAUCGCAAUUUUCCGUUCAGAUGACGACAUGGUCGAAUCGCGUCACUUCCUCUACAAUACCACGCAGUUCAUGCUUCGCGCGUUCGCUUCGAUGAAGAAGGGAAGGACUGCGAAGCCGUUGAUUGUGAUGUUUCCGUUGAGCGGAGAGAGCAGCGGAUGGAUGAUUGUGACGGGAGCGAUGCCGAUCGCCACGGAUUAUGAGGAUCACUCGCAGAAGACGUGCAUUGGUCGGGCGUUCGAACGGGUCAAGAAGAUGGCGCCGGCGCUUCGAAUCAACGACGACUCCUUCCAUUCGGAUGUCAUUCGUCUGAAAUCAGAAGACCGAACCCGCUUCAUCGACUGUCUUCAGUCGGUUUUCGAGGGAACCUAA